AUGGAGAGUGCAACAUCGGAUUUUACUAUCAUCAUUAGUUUGGGGAGCGGCAAUGCUAAAAAAUAUUUCGUACAGAACAAUUCCCAAACUAUUACUUCUCCCCAAAUUGUUGAACAUGAAGUAGUUUUUCAGAUUCAUCCAACUGAUCGUAAUUUUAUAUUCGAAGAUAAAACACAAUGCCCAUUUGAGGAUAACACUGUUAGAAAUUUUGUUAAACAACUCAAAAAUGGCCAUCACAACGAUGUUCUCUUAACAUUUGACAAAUAUCAAUUUACAGCCAAGAACAUAUUAUGCACUUUCAUUAAAAACUUAUUACUACAUUAUAACGAAGGCAGAGUAAUACGUGAUUAUAUUUUUAUUGUAGAUCGUGAUGAAAUGAUUCCAAUUAUUCAGGAAUGUGCCGCAUACAAUCAUAUUCAUCCAAAAUUUAUACGUUCUUCAAUUGCUAUUCCGUAUAAUGGCAUUGAAAAAUUCAUAAAUCAGAAAAAUUAUCCUUUUUAUGGAAUUUGCUUUGAUUUUGGCAAAACAGCCAUUCGAGGUUAUAUUACCAAAUACACGGAAGAAGGAAUUACCCCUGAAAAAGAGAUUUACGAUGAAUCAAUCAGCGGAGAUCGUUUUACAACGAUUCUUCUUAAUUAUAUCCUUCAUUUAUACAGCCAAUCACCAGAUCUCGAUCCAGAACACCAAGCUCAAAGAGUUUUAGAAGGAACUGCCUCAAAAAUGGAAUAUGCGAACUAUUUUAAGACAACACAGAAAGUUCAGAAGGGUCUUUCGACACAACUCGAUUCGAUAUUUGAUGGCAAUACAAUUUCGGCUUCAUCUCUUCGAUUUUCAUCAAAAGAAUUUAUGGAAACUCAAGAAUGGAAAGAUUUUACCAUUGACAUCAAGAGAAUCGUUACUGAUUUCAUCAAAGAUUACAAGGAUAAGAAUAUCAUGUGCUUUGAAUUCUUAGGAAUGACUUCUUGCUCUCAAUUACUAAUUGAAACAGUUUUCAAAGAGAUUUCUGAUGAUUUCGGACAUCCGCAGACAUCGUAUUUCAACUUAAAUGGUGCUGAACUCACUGGAGCCAACUUACUCUAUCAAAAUCAUGAUACAAAAUAUAUUCUUGAUCCAGAGAUGCCGAAACACAUUGAAUUCACAGAAGACUAUGAUGAAUUUAUUAAAUACAAUGAUGAAUAUGAAGAAAACAAUGUUUUAAUCAACGCUAUUUAUGAUUAUAAGAAAAUCAACAAAUUUAACAUGAAAGUGAAGAGUUUCAUCCCAGAAAAAGUUGCCGUAUUUGAUGAUGAAUCUAUAGAUGAGUUAAUGGAUGAUUAUACUGCAUUUUCAUACCAACAAGUGAAAGACAUGUAUCAAAGAAUGUCUACUUAUUACAGUGACCAAGUACAAGAGAAGAUCAUCGGAAAACUCACUGAAUUUUCUGUUGAUUUCGAUGGAGAACAGAUUGAUUUCGCUGGAUUCAAUAAAAAACUACAUGAUAAUAAAGUAAAUAAUCCAACAAUACAAGAAGGUAUCAAAGGAUUUAUCGAAGCAUGCUUCCACGGCUUCAAAUUCGCAAUUGAAAUAUUUGAUUUCAAAUUCUUAACGAAAUGGGGCGCAAGGUUCAAUAUCUUAUAUGGAAACUACGUAAAUCAUCAGAAAUUCUUAGAGGAAUCAAGCAAUGGAGAAAUUCCUCCACUCUCGUAUUUGGAUUUGAUUAAAGAGUAA